AUGAUCCACAGCCUGUUUCUUAUAAACUGUUCUGGGGAUAUAUUCUUGGAGAAGCACUGGAAGAGCGUUGUGAGCCAAUCUGUGUGUGAUUAUUUCUUUGAAGCUCAGGAGAAAGCAGUCGAUGUUGAGAAUGUGCCUCCUGUCAUCUCAACGCCACAUCACUACCUCAUCAGCAUCUAUCGGGAUAAGAUCUUCUUUGUGUCUGUCAUACAGACAGAAGUGCCACCACUCUUUGUAAUCGAAUUUCUACACCGAGUAGCAGAUACUUUCCAGGAUUACUUUGGUGAAUGUUCUGAGACUGCAAUUAAGGACAAUGUAGUUAUUGUGUAUGAACUUCUAGAAGAAAUGUUAGACAACGGCUUCCCACUGGCAACAGAAUCUAACAUAUUGAAGGAGCUGAUUAAGCCUCCCACAAUUUUGCGCUCCGUUGUCAACUCCAUCACAGGCAGUAGUAAUGUGGGUGACACACUUCCCACGGGACAAUUGUCCAACAUUCCUUGGCGCAGAGCAGGUGUAAAAUACACAAACAAUGAAGCCUAUUUUGACGUCAUUGAAGAAAUUGAUGCAAUUAUUGACAAAUCAGGUUCCACAGUCUUUGCAGAAAUCCAGGGUGUCAUUGAUUCGUGCAUUAAGCUCUCAGGAAUCCCAGACUUACCGCUUUGCCACUACUUACAGAACCCACGGCUGCUGGAUGACGUCAGCUUCCACCCAUGUAUUCGGUUCAAACGCUGGGAGUCUGAGAGAGUCCUUUCGUUUAUUCCUCCCGAUGGGAAUUUCAGACUGAUCUCCUACCGUGUCAGUUCACAGAACUUGGUGGCAAUUCCUGUAUAUGUGAAACACAUGAUCAGUUUUAAGGAAAAUAGUUCUUCAGGAAGAUUUGAUGUUACCGUUGGACCAAAACAGAAUAUGGGGAAAACAGUAGAAGGAGUUGUCAUGACAGUUCACAUGCCAAAGGCCGUACUGAAUAUGAACCUCACCGCUACACAAGGCAGCUAUACGUUUGACCCAGUUACUAAAGUGUUAACGUGGGACAUUGGCAAAAUUACCCCUCAAAAGCUACCAAACCUGAAGGGCAUAGUGAACCUGCAGUCUGGAGCCCCCAAGCCAGAGGAGAAUCCGAGUUUAAACAUCCAGUUUAAGAUACAACAGCUUGCAAUUUCAGGACUGAAAGUGAAUCGCCUAGACAUGUAUGGAGAAAAAUACAAGCCUUUUAAAGGUGUCAAAUAUAUUACAAAAGCAGGAAAAUUCCAAGUCAGGACAUGAGAAGAUGCUCUACUUCCAAGAGGAAAUUCCCCUUAAAAAAAAACUUGACUGCUUAGUGACUUCUGUUGCUAUUAAUUAGGUGCCAAUUAAUUAAUACACUGAUUAGUUUGGGAUCAAAGCAUUUUGUGCACAGCAGCUCUUAAAAUGAAAGCAUAGCUUAGUUUUUUUUUAAUACGGCUUUAAAGUAAGGUACUUUUUUUCUAAUACACCUUCACUCUUUUUUUACUAAAUUGUUGUGCUGGUGAAUAGUUUGAUAUAGGUGAUCCACAAAAUGUCACCAACACUACACUGCCAGUCAGAUACCAAAGCCCAGAGGCCAAGCACAUUAUGAAGGCCAGACAGGCCACUGGAAAAGCCUUGUGGCAGCACGUUUUGCUGCUGCAGCUGCCUGCAAAAAAAGCUCAGCUAUUCUGACAGCCAGCUGCAAGCUGGCAUUCCACAAAGCAUCGUGUAAUCCCUUCAGAAAUAGAGAGCAGCAGUGAGAGGGGCAGAGGUCCCACAGGGGCCUGGGACAUAGCGGGUGUCACUCCUGAGAAAGAGCUUCUAAUGAAGAAAAAAAUAAUUUCCUUGUUGUUUACAAGAAAUCGCCUUUCCUAAGAAGCAUUUGCCUUAACCAGCUUUCAUUUGUGCCAUCUGCAGAUGAGCUGAUAAAAAUAACAUUCUGCAUUAAAUCUGGGAGGCGGUGGUUGUUUCAGUAAUCCACUUUCUUUCCAUUUGGUCUCGUCACCACUAUCAUUUUUUUAAGAAUACAGUUGCAGAGAGUAAGAUCUAUUUUUUAUGUGAAGCCUUUGCUUUGGUUUAGAUGUUCCACUUGUUCGAAGUGUAUGCCACCAGAUUUGUGCCACGUGUGCAUUGGAGCAUAGCUUUUUAGGUAGCACAAUACGAGUGUCAAGUGUAUUUAAUGGUUGUGUGCUUUAGUGUUAUGAAAUAAAGGGAACUCUACUGCA